AUGUAUAAGUAUGGGCUUGCAGACAAGCUGCUGCGCCUUCUCUCCCUAAUCGCCUUUUGCUCAACCACCUAUCUCUACCUCUAUCCAGUCUUUCACGGAUGCGUCUUCUCAUGGAGAAAGAUAUCGACUGCGACCGCCUUCAGCGAGACUUUCCACCAACAUUGGACACUUUUACGCGACUCGGACGCCCAUCCAGACCCUUCGCGUGCCCCUUUUCGAUUGCUAGCCCUGGCCGAUCCUCAGCUUGAGGGUGACAGCUCCCUUCCUAAAUCCGAAGAGAGCUUUAUACCUAGGCUAAGGCAGCAUUGGGCGAAGCUGUGCACAGAAGAAUCACAACAUUGGUUGUCUUCCGCGCUUGAUGCCGUGCAAGAAGUAGUUCUUCAAGACCUCCCUGAGGCACUGAAGGCCCUUCGAAAACGACUUGAUCUAUUCGGCAACGACUACUAUCUGGGUCACAUAUACAGAACACUUCACUGGUGGACGAAGCCUACCCACGUAGCUGUGCUUGGAGAUCUCAUCGGCAGCCAAUGGGUCACCGACGAAGAGUUUGGAUGGAGAGGGUGGAGGUUUUGGAAUAGAGUCUUUGCGGGCGGUCGCAGGGUGGAAGACGACAUCACGACUCCGAACAAUAAAAGCCAACAAAACCUUUUUGAAAUGCAUGAUACCAAUUGGGAGCGCCGACUGAUCAAUAUUGUCGGUAAUCACGACAUUGGCUAUGCUGGGGAUAUUUCUCGAGGGAGGAUGGACCGCUUUGAAAAGGUCUUUGGGAAGGCAAACUGGGAUGUCAGAUUCCAGUAUCCCGGGUUCAAUAGUACCGAGACUGCGACAGAGCUCGACCUCCAACCAACGUUGCAUCUGAUUGUCCUGAACAGUCUGGUUCUAGACAGCCCUGCCCUAUCCGAGGAUGUUCAGGUCGAAACGUUCGAUUAUUUGAAUGACCUGAUCUCUCACCGUUUGCGACCUGUGGAAGACCGUUCAUCUUUUACCCUCCUGCUUACACACCUUCCACUCCACAAGAAAGAAGGGACUUGCGUUGAUGCCCCCUUUUUCGAUUAUUGGGGCAAUGACAAUGGUGGUGGCGUUUACAAACCCCACGGAGUGAAAGAACAAAAUCACCUGAGCGAGCAAACAAGUCAGAAAGGUACUUUGCAGACAUUAUUUGGCAUGAGCGGAGAUCUCGGUGCUCCAGCUCAAGGCAAAGGCAGAAGUGGCCUCAUUCUGACGGGUCAUGACCACGAGGGCUGUGAUGUCUGGCACUUUAUCCCUUCCGAAUCUGUCUGGUCAACACCAGAGGAUAACGGCGAGGAAAAGAGGCAGACCUCGUGGGAUCACUGCAAAUGGCAGCACGCAAAUCUAAGCAACGCACACACCGGAGUUAGAGAGAUCACGCUCCGAAGCAUGAUGGGGGACUACGGAGGCAAUGCUGGGCUCCUCAGCGCAUGGUUUGACUAUGAAACGAGCGAGUGGAUGUACCACAUUCAGAUGUGCGGUCUGAACAUCAAGCUCUGGUGGGCUAUCCACCUUGUCGAUGUGGUCGUUGCGGGUAUUUAUGGGAUCGGUCUUCGCCAUCGACUCCUUCGCCCUGCCAUGGAACCUUCAACAGACAAACCGGAUGCUUCGCAGUCGAAGUCCGAGGGAACAUGUAAGUGA